AUGCCAGACUUAUGUCCAGGACAGAGGUUUAAUGCAAUAUUUGGAACAUCAACAUUAGGACUGCUUGUAUUGUGCACAUACUUCUCACGGAAUAUUCGUGGCACCAUGGCUUGGAGAUCUGGUGGAAAUAGCAAUUCAAAUUUAAUAGAUAAUUUAAAAGCAAUUGGAAUUAUCAAGUCAGAGAGUGUAGAAAAUGUAAUGAAAGCUGUUGACAGGAAACACUUCUCUAAACACAAUCCUUACGCAGAUUCCGCACAAACUAUCGGAUACAAUGUUAUAAUAAGUGCACCACAUAUGCAUGCACAUGCGUUGCAGAAAUUAUCGAAUCACCUGAAGGAGGGUGCCAAGGUCCUAGAUGUUGGUUCUGGUAGUGGCUAUUUCACAGCUUGUAUGGCACUUAUGGUAGGGCCACAGGGUAAAGCAGUUGGUAUUGAUCAUAUCAAAGAACUUGUAGAUGAUUCAGUAACGAAUAUCAAAAAGGAUCCUAACUUGGCAAAACUGUUGGAGUCUGGACAAAUUACCAUGGUAACCGGGGAUGGUAGAAAAGGAUAUGAUCCAGAAGGACCCUAUGAUGCUAUACAUGUUGGGGCUGCUGCUCCCACUUUACCACAAGAUUUAGUUGAUCAGUUAAAACCAGGAGGUCGUCUCAUUAUUCCAGUAGGAGGAGUGGGUGAGAGCCAACGGCUACAGCAAAUAGAUAAGUUACUUGAUGGAACGACAAAGAAACAGACCUUAAUGGUAGUGACUUUUGUGCCACUGACAAGCAAAGAAAAGCAAUGGCCAAGCCGGAAGAAUGAAUUCUGAAAUGUGGUAAACACUUCGUUAUCUAGAACACAUGAUGGCAUCCCAAUUUUUAUGGCAUCUAGCUGGCACUGAUCGUGAUUUGCUAAUACAAGUGCUUGCAAACCCUUCAUUCAAGCUUCCAGUGAUCAUGAUGUAUUGGAGUGUUACAGAUAUUUAUAAUUUAACCUUGUUUUUCUUUAUGACAUGACACAGGAAGUGGUCGAAAUCCGUAUUUUAUAAAAACAUUUCACAUUGCUUGGAAGGAAUUUCUGGGAAUUAUCUAACCAAUAGAUCAUCAAGCAGAGUAGAUUUAAUUUAUACAUAUACCACCA